UUUUCAUUCCGAUAAUAUUGAUUACUAGGAUGAUGGGACGCUUUGACUCGACCGUUGUUGACCAUUACCACGAGAGCUCGUAUUUAAUAUAUCAGUACGAAUAACCGACCGUUAAAAUAAACGUCAGUGAUGCCGACGACGAUUGGCGCCACGUGUUAAUCAGCUGAUGCGUCACAGCCGCAGAAUUUGUCUAUUUAACUGCGGAGCCUCGUCCAUCGCACACUCAGACGCUGAGAAAGAACAGAAGGGAUCAGAAAAGAAAUGCCUCCGUUUGAGAGUAACCACCAGCAGCCGCAGAACAAGCCCUUCAAACAGAGAAAAAGUUUUGCCACGAGGAAACAGGAGGUGGCAGGAAUCAAGUCCAAGUUCCCAAACAAGAUCCCGGUAAUCAUUGAACGAUAUGAGCGUGAGAAGUUUCUCCCUCCUCUGGAUAAAACAAAGUUCCUGGUUCCUCAUGAACUCACGAUGACGCAGUUUGUCACAAUCAUCAGGAACAGGAUGGCGCUGUUGCCCACUCAGGCCUUCUACCUGCUCAUCAACAACAAGGGUCUGGGCAGCAUGUCGCUGACCAUGGCUCAGGUUUACAAGGAGCAGCAGGAUGAAGAUGGCUUCCUUUACAUGACCUACGCCUCCCAGGAAAUGUUCGGACACUGACCGCACCUCCAAACACUGGCCCGCUGCACUUUUUAUGUACACUGCUACCAGUCUGUCUGCUGUAAAUAUGAAAAAAGUUUUUAUUUAUUGUACAAUGUUUGUUUAAUGUAGAUUUUAUUGAAAAAGUGAUUAUUUAGCUCUAAUAAAUAUUGUUGUCAUAAAUGUAAACA